AUGGCUGCUAUUUUUGGUAUCCUUACAUUCGAGAUAUUACUAUUCUUCGAUGAAGUUUUACUCGCGAUCAGCGGCACAUCGAAUGAUGGGGUAAUGAUUAUAUUUCUCAAACGGAUAUUUCUUGCCAUUCUCAUCGGAUUAAGAUACUAUCCACUACUGCUUGCACUACGUCUCCAACAAACCGUCGCUCAAUUAAUGGCUUUUAUCUAUGUGAUUGGCAUCAUAGCACACACAAUCUAUCGCGAAAGCUUUUGUCUUGAUUUUUUACCACAUUCUGCGGAUAUUUCAACGCAAGAGGAAGUUCAGCUUCGUCUUCAAAUCGGUACUUGGUUUAUUGUUUACGGAUUAGUUGCUCAUUUGCCACAUUUUAUCUUACUUUCAUAUAGUGCUGCAGAAUUUGGGAUGCGUUUUGUCUUUACUUGUCGUGGUAUAUAUCCAAAAGACUACGAAAUCAACGACAAGUUCUUUCGUAAGGAAAUCAUCUUUAGUGUUUUUGUAACUACAGCGACCUACAUUGGUCAACUGCUUCUUGGAAUGAAAAGUUUUCGGGAACAUAUUUUAGCGUUUCACAAAGAAAAGGAAGAAAUUGUAAACAAAAUAGAAGAGAUUGUAAAAGAAAACGAAACGAUUUCGCGAGCAACUCAAUAUCCUGGUUAUCUUAUUCGAUAUACAGUUGGAGGUUUUGUCAUUACUUUUCAUUUGGUGAUAUUCGUUGCUGUCUUACCCCGUUUGUUUUGGUUUCAUUCAUCUUCAUUCAAAUGGAUAUUACAAUUGAUUUUACCUAUAUUGAUUCUACAUGCAUUGCAGAAGCUAAUGGCAAAAUCCAGUACACGAUUGAUUGACGUUGCUCAUGAUAAGAGAAGCGAUUACAAAAAGCUUUUCGUCAAUAUUGUACAAUAUUUUGUUUUAGUUGCUAAUUGCUUUAUUGGUAUCAUGUCUUCAGUUAUUCGUGUGAUCAUGGGAUCAGUAGCCAACAUUAUAUUCAUAAAUCGUGUCGAUUUAUGCCUUUUUCGGGAUCCGUUGGAGAGAAUGGAUCGUGCGUACGUGGCGUACUUGCACUUUGUGCAUGAAGAAUAUUAUACAAAAUAUAAACAUUCGGAUAUACAAGUUGAACCCACUAACGAAGAGGAACUAGCCAACGAGCAAUCUUCAGAACCCUUUCAAUCAGAGCCAGACCAAACUGAGCAACCCUCUAACGAAGAACCUGCACCACAUGUACAGGAAGCAUUCGAAGUGUCCAGUACAUUAUCUGACGAAAUUAGUGCUUCCAUUUUGCCGAUCUUCAUUGAGAGGUCUGCAUUGAGUGCAAGUGGUAACAGCCGUGACGUCAAUGAGAGACAACUGCUUCUCCUUCAACGUUGGAAUGAAAUUAAGAACGAACGCGAGGAAAAGAAGCUAACUUCAGUUACGGCGGAGAGUCAACUCGGUAGAAUUGAAUGUAAACGAAUUCCAAUACAUGGAGAUGGUAACUGCUUUUUUCGUGCAAUUUCUGCUCAAUUGAAUAUCCGUCAUAAUCAUCCGAAUAUUCGCUCCGAAGCGGUGAGAUAUCUCAACAGCAGGAGAGACCACUUCGCAGAUUUUAUUGUUGGGAUUAUCGCUCCGACGGUAGACAUUUAUAUUAAAGAAAUGACACACGAUGGAGUUUAUGCUGAUCAUCCGAUAAUUUUUGCUACAGCUACUGUCUUGGGUCAAAAUAUAGUUAUUCAUGAAAUAGGCAAACGACCUCUGCUAAUUCCCGGUUCGGAUAAUAUCAACAAUCAACUACAUGUUUGGUAUAAUGGUAUCCAUUACGAUAGCAUCGUCACUUCUGAGGGUCAUGUACCAAAUAUACCUCGAGAAAACCUUUUAACCUCAUGA